AUGAUGCUGAAUAGGAAUAACAUUAGAGUUAUAACAUUCGAAGAAGAGGACAAUGGUCAAUUGUUUGAUGCAGCAUUUUGGAAUAGGAUGAUGGACUUUAUGACAGUGAUGUAUGAUCGAUCAGUGGAGAUGGAGUUUGAAAUGACAACAGAACACUUGUUAUCAUUCUCAAUGAGUAGUGUGCCAUUGACAACAAUGAUGAUAAACACAAGUCCUAAAGAUGAGUUGCCCGACCCAAGCUACUACCCGCGGACACUCACCAAGCUGGUGAUCAAUGGCGAGUUUGUAACACUUGGCAGUCUACCCGACAGCCUGACAUCACUCACCAUUUGGGCGAAUGAUUGGAACCAACCAAUUGUACCAGGGUCAUUGCCCCCACGAUUGAAGCGCCUCAAGUUUAACGAUCGAUUCAAUCAACCCAUAGCCGAAGGGACCUUCCCACCUUCACUCAAGCGUGUCAACUUUGGCGGUGCAUUCAAUCAACCUCUCACCCUCAGCAACUGCCCCGCGACCAUCACUAGAGUGCGUUUGCACGAGCUUUACGUCCACCCUCUUGGUCUCUGCGCGCAACAUUGGUCGAGACUUCGCUUUGAAUCCGUUUUGGAGCUCUCUCCGGUGUUGGUGUGCCAGUCGCUCACCAACCUUUGUGCACCCUUCGUCGAGUCGUCACCCGUCACAUCAUCCACCUUCCCAUCACUCCAAAAGUUUCAUAUACUAUCUCUGGUCGGCUUUAGUUUAUACAUUCCGCUCGAUCUCAUCGCUCUCCCUUCAUCACUUCGCGAUCUGACAAUCUGGCCGAAUGGAUACUACUCGGCAUUACCUCGAGGAGUGAAGACAUUGGUAAUCAAUGGCUAUAAUGAAGACUUUAUACUGUUUCCAGGCUUGCUGCCUCCAUCACUGGUAUCACUCACACUGAACUCUUAUCAUCAUGAGUUUGAGCUCAAAGACUUCCCCACAACAUUGACCUCACUCACAUUGUGCAAUGUUACAAAGUUGCCAUUACCAAAUCAACUGCCAACAUCAUUACGAUCACUUACGCUAAAGAUUAGAAAUAUGUAUAACAAUAUCGAUAUAUUGAAUCAAUGGAUGAAGUUGUACUUGGACAUGAUCACACUGACUCACAUUCAUCUAAAUUACAUGUCACUAAAUCUGGAACUAUACCGUAUCACAGACACACUCUUCCUCAGAUGUCAAGGCUCACUUUAUGAUAAUCUACCAACAUGUGGAUUCAUCAGCCUCCAAAUGAUCAUUUCCAUGAUCAAGUAG